AUGACCGACCCGGGCUCAUCGCACACAGUUCUUGAAUCCAGGCGGGUCGAUCAAGGACCGGAUCGCUCUCCAAAUUGUGCGGGAGGCAGAGACGGCCGGGUGGAAUGCGCCGGACACGACGCCCCGCUGUCGGAGAUCGCUUUGCCGGAUGACACGGCGGUCGAGAAGGCGCAGUUGAUCGAGAACAUGGGCGCCACCGUCGUCAAAGUCCGUCCAGUGAGCAUCUCCAACCGGGCCCAUUACGUGAAUGUGGCGCGGGACCGGGCCCGGCAGUUUGCGGCCCAACAGGGAGAAGGAGGCGGGGCGCGGGGACUGUUCGCGGACCAAUUCGAGAGCCCGAUGAACUGGCGGACGCAUUACCGGACGACGGGGCCGGAGAUCUGGGCCCAGACGGCCGGAAGGGUUGUCGCCGGCGCCGGCACCGGCGGGACGAUGGCCGGGGUCGGCAAGUUCCUGAAGACGAGGGACGAGCGGGUCCAGCUGGUCGUCAAGCAUGGCGUCCUGUUCUCGGACACCGAAGUCGAAGGCAAACGGCGCCGACACCAGGUCGACACAGUGGUUGAGGGGAUCGGGUCGAACUGGAUGACGGGGAACUUAGAGGAGAUCAUGGACGUAGUGGACGAUGCGAUCAAGGUGACGGACGCGGAAGCGAUCUCGAUGUCGCGCAAGAUCCUAGAACAAGAGGGGCUCUUCCUCGGCUCGUCGUCGGAGGUGAACCUCGUGGCCAGUCACAAGCUCGCCCUGGCCCUGAACGCGGAUCGAGAGGCGACCGGCGCCGAGACGCCCGGCUGGAUCUGCGACUCCGGCCACCGCCAUCUGUCGAAGUUCUGGAACGACCCGUUCUUGGCCCGCCACGGCUUCCUGGACUCCCCGCCGUCGCUCUCGUAG